UCCUCCUUUGCCUUGCCUUUGGGCUUUGACUGUCUGUAUAAAUCCCCACUCACUCCCUUGCGUUCGGCGCUCCGCCCCCACCCCUCCCUCGAAGUUCUCUUCACUUGUUUCUAUCAGAGAUCGAGUUCGGCUAGUAAUUCUCCGCAAGCCAGCCAUGUCACUCAGGCCUAAUGCUCGCGUUGAGGUCCGUCGCAACAGGUACAAAGUGGCCGUCGACGCCGAAGAGGGCCGCCGUCGGAGGGAGGAUAACAUGGUCGAGAUUCGUAAGAAUCGCCGGGAGGAGAACCUCCAGAAGAAGCGCCGCGAGGGAAGCCAGCAGUUCCCUGUCUCCGUCGAAGCCGCCACAGGCCUUGAGAAGAAGGUCCAGUUGGAGAAUCUGCCAUCAAUGGUCUCAAAUAUUUGGACUGAUGAUCGUAGUAGACAACAUGAGGCAACCACCCAAUUUCGUAAACUACUUUCUAUAGAACGAAGUCCACCAAUUCAGGAGGUAAUUCAAUCCGGUGUUGUUCCUCGCAUUGUAGAAUUUCUGAUUAGGGAGGACUUCCCCCAACUGCAGUUUGAGGCAGCCUGGGCUCUCACUAAUAUUGCAUCUGGGACAUCUGAGCACACUAAGGUUGUAAUUGAUUAUGGAGCUGUCCCGAUUUUUGUUAGGCUUCUCUCUUCUACGAGUGAUGAUGUUCGAGAGCAGGCAGUGUGGGCCUUGGGAAAUGUGGCGGGUGAUUCCCCCAAAUGCAGAGACCUUGUACUCAGUCAUGGUGCUCUGGCUCCUUUGCUAGCUCAGUUGAAUGAACAUGCCAAGCUGUCCAUGCUCCGAAAUGCUACCUGGACUUUGUCAAACUUUUGCAGAGGGAAGCCACAGCCUGCCUUUGAACAGGUAAGUCCUGCACUUCCAGUUCUUGGACAACUGCUUAAUUCAACUGAUGAAGAAGUGUUAACCGAUGCAUGUUGGGCACUCUCUUAUCUCUCUGAUGGCACUAAUGAUAAAAUUCAAGCUGUGAUUGACUCGGGAGUAUGCCCUCGCUUAGUGGAGCUGUUGCUCUAUCCAUCACCCUCAGUUCUUAUUCCCGCCCUUCGAACUGUUGGAAAUAUUGUCACUGGAGAUGAUAUGCAAACACAGUAUAUCAUCAACUACAGGGCACUACACUGUCUUCUGAACCUCCUAAGUGGAAACUAUAAGAAGAGCAUUAAGAAGGAAGCUUGCUGGACUAUUUCUAACAUAACAGCUGGAAACCGAGACCAAAUACAGUCUGUUAUUGAUGCUGGUGUUAUUGGCCCCCUCGUCCUGCUGCUUCAGAAUGCUGAAUUUGAGGUGAAGAAGGAGGCUGCAUGGGCUAUAUCAAAUGCAACCUCUGGCGGCACUCAUGAACAAAUCAAGUACCUUGUGAGUCAACACUGUAUCAAGCCUCUAUGUGACCUGCUUGUGUGCCCUGACCCAAGAAUUGUGACAGUGUGCCUGGAAGGGCUUGAAAACAUUUUGAAGGUUGGAGAAUCCGAGAAGAAUCUGGGUCGGACUGGGGACGUCAACCUCUAUGCUCAAAUGAUAGAUGAUGCUGAAGGGCUUGAGAAAAUUGAGAACCUGCAGAGUCAUGACAACAAUGACAUCUACGAAAAGGCAGUGAAGAUUCUGGAGACGUACUGGUUGGAGGAAGAAGAUGAGACUGCACCUCCGGGUGGAGGAGGAGAGCAACAGGGGGGAUUCCAAUUCGGAGGGGGGGAGGUGAACGUGCCAUCAGGUGGAUUCAACUUCUGAUCCGGAAGGGGGUGGGAGAGGCAAGGUUAGUUGCUUGCUCACAUAACCAUUUUCCAUGUCCAUUUCCUUUCAGGGAUAGAUGAUAUAAUAUGAUAUGAUAUGAAUCUUUAGAGGGGUGGGGGUUUUGAAUUGUGUCUCCCCAUAGAUAUCCUGCCUUUUUUUUUUUUUUUUUUUUUUUUUUUUUUUCUUAUAUAAAUUAUACUAUUAUAAUAUUGUUAGUAGGAAGAAAAUGGUUGUGGGACAUGAAUUGAUACUUGAGACUGAUUCUUGAUGUUUGUUCGUCUGUUAUGAGAGUUUUAAGGAGAUUUUGAUGAUUUAUUAUGCAACAGCAGGAUGUUCAUCCUUUUUAAGUUGCUCGUAUACGUAGAGGGGUGGGCAUUAGGUUGGGUAUUUGUACUUAGGGUAGUUUGGGUUAAAUAUUCAUUAAUUUUGGGUAGCAUAAA